AUGACAACACGUAUGGAUGCCUUAUCUUCGAAAUUUGAUCGAGUGAUGGAAAUGCACUCGAGAGGUUCUUCGAGUGAGGGAGCAUAUCAGGUAGGUGAUUUUCCGACGGGAGCGAUGUCACACGAGCAUGUGGAUUUCAUGGGAAACCAAUACCGUUCUCAAAACAAUCCCUACAGCAAUACUUAUAAUCCAGGGUGGAAGAAUCAUCCAAACUUUAGUUGGAAGCCUGAUGCUUCUAACCAGCAUCCACCCGGAUUUGCUCCACGUCCCACAGCUCCAGUCCAUGGAGCAUAUGGUUCACCUCGACCUCAGCAGACGCCUCCUUCUAGUGAUCCUAGUGUGCAUGAUAUUCUUAGUCAAAUCUUAGCUGGUCAAAACACUCAAAAGGCUGAGAAUGAGAAGCGCUUUAGGGAGUAUGACAGCCGUUUCACGAGGCACGAGAGUGAGUUGAGAAGCCAAAAGGCUUCCAUGCAAACCAUUGAGAACCAAGUUGGCCAGAUUGCCAAGAUGUUGUCUGAGAUACAACAGGGGGGCCUUCCGAGCAACACAGAGCCUAACCCAAAUGCUACUGCAAAGGCCAUCACAUUGAGAAGCGGCAAGACCGCUCAGCCCAUCCCUCCGGCUGUUCCAGCGAAGCCGGAUGAUGACGAUGAGGUUGAUGAGGAGAUUGAGGCUGAGUCUCCGGGUGAGGUGCAACAGAGGCGAGUCCCAGCAAGUACCGCACGAACCAAGGAGCCAGUGAGAGAGUAUGUCCCUCCCAUUCCAUAUCCGGGGAGGUUGAAGAAGCAGAAAAUGGAAGAACACAAUGGUAAAUUCCUCGAGCUUUUUAAGCAACUUCAUAUAAAUUUACCAUUUGUCGAGGCACUUGCUCAAAUGCCUAAGUAUGCCAAGUUUCUGAAGGAUAUCCUAUCCAACAAAAAGAAACUUGAGGAGCUUUGCAGGUGA